AUGGAGGACCAUGAAGAACACGCAAACGGGAAUGCGGGCGGUUUGACGGUCCCCGGGCACAAAAGGCAACUCUCUCCGCACGAGGACGUGGACGGUCUAAACGCCCCGAGGCUCCCCCCGAGGACCCCAAGGCGUCCACCGAGCCACGAGUACGAGGUGCCCGCUGAACCGACUGUUUCACAUGCCCGCGUGCCCACUUUAGAGGUUCCCGAGCGCACAUUGGAACUCUCUCGGCACGAGAACGUGGAUGAUGUGAACGCCCAGAGGAUCACAGGGCGUCCCCCGGGGCACGAGUCGGACGCAGGUCGCUUGGAGGUCCCCGGGCACAAAAGGCAACUCGCCAGGCACGAGUGCGAGGACGUGGACGGUCUGAACGCCCCGAGGCUUCCCCCGAGGGCCUCGAGGCGUCCCCGGACCGAUGAGUACGAGGUGCCCGCUGAACCCACUGUUUUACGUGCACACGUGCCCACUUUAGAGGUUCCCGGGCACACAGGGGAACUCUCUCGGCAAGAGAACGUGGAUGAUGUGGACGCCCAGAGGAUCACAGGGCGUCCCCCGAGGCACGAGUCGGAGGCAGGUCGCUUGGAGGUCCCCGGGCACAAAAGGCAACUCUCCAGGCACGAGUGCGAGGACGUGGAUGGUCUGAACGCCCCGAGGCUUCCCCCGAGGGCCUCGAGGCGUCCCCGGAUCGAUGAGUACGAGGUGCCCGCUGAACCGACUGUUUUAGGUGCCCACGUGCCCACUUUAGAGGUUCCCGGGCACACAGGGGAACUCUCUCGGCAAGAGAACGUGGAUGAUGUGAACGCCCAGAGGGUCACAGGGCGUCCCCCGAAGCACGAGUCGGAGGCAGGUCGCUUGGAGGUCCCCGGGCACAAAAGGCAACUCUCUCGGCACGAGUAUGAGGACGUGGACGGUCUGAACGCCCCGAGGCUUCCCCCGAGGGCCUCAAGGCGUCCCCCGAGGCACGAGUACGAUGUGCCCGCUGAACCGACUGUUUUAUCGCGCCCUGCACGCGUGCCCACUUUAGAGGUUCCCGGGCAAACUGGGGAACUCUCUCGGCACGGGUUGGAGGACGAUGUGAACGCCCCGGGGCACGAGUCAGAUGCGGGCGGCUUGAAAGUCCCCAGGCACAAAAGGCAACUCUCCAGGCACGAGUACGAGGACGUGGACGGUGUAAAUGCUCCGAGACUUCCCCCGAGGGCCUCAAGGCGUCCCCCGAGGCACGAGUACGAUGUGCCCGCUGAACCAACUGUUUUACCGCGCACUGCACACGUGCCCACUUUAGAGGUUCCCGGGCACACAGGGGAACUCUCUCGUCACGAGAACAUGGGUAAUGUGAACGCCCAGAGGGUCACAGGGCGUCCCCCGGGGCACGAGUCGGACGCAAAUCACUUGGAGGUCCCGAGGCACAAAAGGCAACUCUCUCGGCACGAGUAUGAGGACGUGGACGGCGUGAACGCCCGGAGGCGUCCCCCGAGGCACGACUACGAGGACGUACCCGCUGAACCUCCUGGGUUACCUCCUCGCGUACCUGAGGGAUACCUGCGUCACCUCCUACACACGGCGGACGUGAUGUGGGCGGGGUUCGCGGGAGAUCAGCUCGUCGACACGUCCUACACAGCGGAGGACGCCAAACAACGCGAAGAGCAGGAGAAACGGCGCUCUACGGGCUACAGAUCUAGAGAGCUAAACAAGUGCCUCGCGAAACCAUGCCUACAUGGGACCUGUGUGAACAAAGAUGGUGGAUACAAAUGUACCUGCUCAUCUGAAUGGACUGGGCAGAACUGUCAACAAGCAAUAAACGAGUGUGCAAGUGAACCAUGUCACCAUGGACGCUGUGUGAACAAAGAUGGUGGAUACAACUGCUCCUGCCCCCCUGGAUGGACUGGACAUAACUGUCAGCAAGAUAUAAAUGAGUGUGCCCAAAAUCCAUGUCAACAUGGAACCUGUGUGAACCAAGAUGGUGGAUACAAUUGUACCUGCUCACCUGGAUGGACUGGACAGAACUGUCAGAAAGACACCAAUGAGUGCACCAGCAAACCAUGUCAUCAUGGAACCUGUGUGAACAAAGAUGGCGGGUAUAGUUGUACCUGUUCACCAGGAUGGACUGGACAGAACUGUCAGCAAGAUUUAAACAAGUGUGGCCAAAAUCCAUGUCAGCAUGGGACCUGUGUGAAUAAAGAUGGCGGAUACAAAUGUACCUGCUCACCUGGAUGGACUGGACAGAACUGUCAGAAUGACAUAAAAGAGUGUGCCCAACACCCGUGUCAACAUGGAACCUGUGUGAACAAAGAUGGUGGAUACAAAUGUACCUGUUCACCUGGAUGGACUGGACAGAACUGUCAGAAUGACAUAAACGAGUGUGCCCAACACCUGUGUCAACAUGGAACCUGUGUGAACAAAGAUGGCGGAUACAAAUGUACCUGCUCACCUGGAUGGACUGGACAGAACUGUCAGAAUGACGUAAACGAGUGUGCCCAACACCUGUGUCAACAUGGAACCUGUGUGAACAAAUAUGGCGGAUACAAAUGUACCUGCUCACCUGGUUGGACUGGAAAGAACUGUCAGCUGGACAUCAACGAGUGCACCACAAAACCUUGCCUACAUGGGACCUGUGUGAACAAAGAUGGCGGAUACAAAUGUACCUGCUCACCUGGAUGGACUGGACAGAGAUGCCAGCAAGACAUGGAUGAGUGUGCCACAAAACCAUGUGAACAUGGGACCUGUGUGAACAAAGAUGGCGGAUACACCUGUACCUGCCCACCUGGAUGGACUGGGCAGAACUGUCAGAAAGACAUAAAUGAGUGCACCAGCAAACUGUGUCAACAUGGAACCUGUGUGAACAAAGAUGGUGGAUACACAUGUACCUGUUCACCUGGAUGGACUGGGCAGAACUGUCAGCAAGACGUAAAUGAGUGCACCAGCAAACUGUGUCAACAUGGAACCUGUAUGAACAAAGAUGGUGGGUACAAAUGUACCUGCUCACCUGGAUGGACUGGACAGAACUGUCAAUAUGACUUAAAUGAGUGCACCAGCAAACCAUGUCAACAUGGACGCUGUCUGAACAAAGAUGGUGGAUACAAAUGUACCUGUUCACCUGGAUGGACUGGGCAGAACUGUCAGAAAGACAUAAAUGAGUGCACCAGCAAACCAUGUCAACAUGGACGCUGUCUGAACCAAGAUGGUGGGUACAAAUGUACCUGCUCACCAGGAUGGACUGGGCAGAACUGUCAGAAAGACUUAAAUGAGUGCACCAGUAAACCGUGUCAUCAUGGACGCUGUGUGAACAAAGCUGGUGGGUAUAGUUGUACCUGUUCACCUGGAUGGACUGGACAGAACUGUCAGAAAGACAUCAAUGAGUGCACCAGCAAACCAUGUAGACAUGGCCAAUGUGUGAACAAGGAUGGCGGAUACAAAUGUACCUGCUCACCUGGAUGGACUGGAAAGAACUGUCAGCAAGGAUGCUCGACGUUCUCCUAA